GCACCGGCGGCCUCACCGACGCAAUUGCUCAAAGUGUCACGGUGGUUUAAAGACGAUGCUACUUAAAAACAAAGAUUGAUGAUGCAAAAUUCCAGGAGGAUUUUCUAUUAUGUUUCUUACCAAAAUCCCAUUACGAAUCAAAGUAAUUACAUCCCACUUCUACAAUCAUUCAAAUUUCGCUCUCUUUUUCACCCACAGUACCCUGUGUGAUGAAGAAAGGCAAGAACAACGACACCCACUUGAAGAAAGUAUUACCAACAGGUCUUACUGGACCAGAAGAAUCCACAAGCUCUGUGCAAUUGAUCACAAUGUGGAUGAAGCAAUCCGCCUUGUUGACAACCUUUGCAUACAUGGAUACCACCUCGAUUCGCUCAAUCUCAGCAGCAUAAUCCACGCUCUCUGUGAUUCCAAUCGCUUUGCUGAAGCUCACCGUCGUUUUCUGUCAUCUCUGUCAUGCUCUUUUAGUAGUGGUACUGUUAUUAUUCCCGAUGAGCGAACCUGUAAUGUAAUCAUUGCGCGGUUGUUGGAUUGGGGGAAAAGCCCUCAUGCCACCUUGCGUGUUGUGCAUAGAAUUAUUGGUGUGAAACCUCAUUUUGUGCCGUCCUUGACAAAUUUUAACCGUCUGAUCGAUCAGCUUUGUUUAUUUUCAUGGGUUCAUAUUGCGCACAUAUUGUUCUUUCAUAUGAAGAGUUUGGGGCAUUGUCCUAACGAGGUCUCGUAUACUACUUUGAUUAAUGGGUAUUGUAGGCUUGGGGAAUUGAGUCUUGCACAUAAGCUGCUUGAUGAAAUGUCUGAAUGUGGAGUAAGGCCUAAUUCGCUGACGUAUAGUAUCCUAAUUUGUGGGAUUCUUCGUAAAAAGAAUGUUGAACUUGAAAGCUCAUUGAUUGAGAAACUAUGGAAAACAAUGGCUGAAGAAGAUGAUGGUCAUUUUGUUAAUCAUGCUGCCUUUUCGAAUCUAAUUUAUACUUUAUGCCAAGAGGGAUUCUUUAAACAAGUUUUUGAUAUUGCUGAAAAGAUGCCUCAAGGGAAGAGCGUGAGCGAUGCUUUUGCUUAUGGGCAAAUGAUAGAUUCUCUUUGUCGAUAUGGAAGGCAUCAUGGUGCCUCCAGGAUUGUUUAUAUGAUGAUGAAGCGAAGAUGUGUCCCGAGCUUAGUUUCGUACAAUUCUAUUGUGCAUGGACUUGCCAAAAAUGGUGGCUAUUUGAGGGCGUAUCAGUUGUUGGAACAAGGGUUUGAAAUUGGCUACUCCCCUUCUGAGAAUACUUACAAGGUUCUGAUAGAAUGUCUUUGUUUAGAAGAAAAUGAUCUUGGCAAAGCGAUGAAACUUCUUGACAUCAUGUUGAACAAGGAAGGGGUAGACAAGGCUAGAAUUUACAAUAUUUAUUUAGGAGCUCUAUGUCGAAUGAAUAAAGAUUCUUCAACCGAGAUUCUGAAUAUUCUUGUCAUCAUGCUUGAGACAAAAUGUCAUCCUGACGUAGUUACUCUGAACACAGUUAUUAAUGGCUUUUGUAAGAUGGGCAAAGUGGAAGAGGGGAUCCAGGUACUAGAUGAUAUGGUGAUGGGAAAGUUUAAAUUCUGCACUCCUGAUAGUGUGACCUUUACUACGAUUAUAAGUGGAUUAUUGAAUGUUGGAAGGACAAGAGAAGCUCUCGAUGUGCUACGUAGAGUUAUGCCUGAAAAGGGUUUUCACCCUGGUACCAUAACUUAUAAUGUGGUUCUUCGUGGUUUGUUUAAGCUCCAUCUUGCAAAUGAAGCGGUGGAUGUGUUUAACUCCAUGGCUGGUGGUGGUGUGGUUGCUGAUAGUACCACACAUGCGAUAAUGAUUGAUGGAUUAUGUAAAUGUAAUCGGAUAGAAGAAGCAAAGGUGUUCUGGGAUGAUGUUAUUUGGCCAUCAGGGGUUCAUGACCAUUUUGUAUAUUCAGCCAUCAUCAAAGGACUUUGUUGUUUGCAGAAGUUUGAUGAGGCUUGUGAUUUUCUAUAUGAAUUGGUAGAUUGUGGGAUUAGACCAAACAUUGUCAAUUACAACAUUUUGAUCGAAGGUGCUUGCAAAUUGGAUCUAAAGAAAGAAGCCUACCAGAUUGUAGGAGAAAUGAGGAAGAAUGGAGUAGCCCCUGAUGCAGUUACAUGGAGGAUCAUCAACAAAUUACACAAGCAAAGGAAACAAUGGGGUCCUGCAGACAAAAUCAACAUGUAAAACGGGUUUGUGUUGUUUUAUUGUUAUUUUUAGUUUUCUGUGAAUCAUCUUUGUUCUGCUAAUCCACAAUCAGUGAAGGAAGAUACAUGGACUAUUCAAAGAAAGAAAAGAAAAACAACAAAAUUUACCCCUUCCCCCAGAAUAGCAACAUUUUCCUUUUUGGUAAAGCUUCAAUUUAUAUUACUUCUUUGCUGCCACCAGUAACCAUUACAGUUUGUUAGCGUUGAUUUUUAGUCCAAAACUUCCUGUACUGUUUCAUAA